AUGUCGGAUAGUAUUUCAGAUUCAAAGUCCUCAGAACUUUUAAAUUCUACUUUUUAUUCGUCGACGUCGAUAAAUACACUUGAUCAUGCUAGAACCUUUCGAAAUUCUCUGAUAUUGAAGGAGAUAUCAGAUCAAAGUCUAAAUUCAUCAAUAAAGCCAUGCGAAUCCGUCCUUGAUAGGGAUGUUGAAAGCUCAGUUCUGCAGCGGUCGUUUGGAGAAAGUAAUGCCCGAGACUCAGAAGUACAAACGGUAAAUAUGACAACUUCCCCCUCAUUAAGUGCAUUGGCUGAUAUUCUGAACGAAAGAUCCAAAUAUGCUGACCAAAAAACUAGAAAGGCACAAAAUAUUGAGUCUUCCAUAAUAGAAGAAGAAGAAGAGGCCGAAGAGCAAAACAACUCGAUCAAUUAUCACGAGGAUAUAACUGGAUCCAGGCUGUCUGUACGAGAGGAAGCAAAUGAAAACUUGGCGAUGACCUCUCCAAACCUUAUUGACAUUGACGGAUCCAAUAGUAUUCAAGUUGCCCCUUUGAGUUUACCGUCUUUCGAAGAACCUGACUUUUUGUCCACUCCUAGAGUAAAACCUGAUUCUCAGGGACCUCGGAGCAAAGUUAGUACACGACGUACUAUUCUCGAACGAGACAACAAUUUACCAGUUAAGCGGGAGGAAAAUACUAUCAUUAAUUCAGAAACUGAAAGCACAACACAUAGCGCACCAUUUUUAAAAGAGGAUCCGAAACCCUCGCCUCCUUCGAGUAAAUUAUACAACCCAAAAGUUCGUUUAAACAAAGCAGAAGCGCGAAAGUAUACUGAUUCUUCUGCCCAAAGGACUACUUCAGCAGGCUCGGUACUUGAAGACACUUCUAUGCAUAAAAAGAAAAAGAGUAUAUUUUCAUUUCUGAAGAAGAAAGAACCGAAACCAGUUAUUGGUAAUAAUAGUGUAACGAAUGAAAAAAAUAAGAUGUCUUCAUCGAGCACUUUCUCAAUGAAUAUUCAAACCUCUUUAAAAACGCCUGAAAAACUAAAGAAGAAGUCUCACAGUAGCAGUAGCAUUUUCAAUUCCUUCCUAAAGGGAAAAAUUGAAACAUCAGACUCACCUCGAAAGGAACCAAUGAGGCAAAAAAAAAGAACCCCAAAAUCCAAGGACAAAAAGCAAGAUACUGAACAAAUAAUUGACGCCGCAUCAGUGUUAUCCACUGAAUCACCUCUACUACGAAAAAACCACGACGAUACUCCCGUGAAAAUAGAUCACGUAACGAGAUCAAUUGAUCAGAGAAAACCUACUCCUUUAAACAUGGAUCUCAUAUUGGGAGGUGAUAAACAGAUAAAUACCCCGCUACAAGAACACGUAAGAGAAGAUGAUGAUGCCAAAAAUGAUCUUCAAUUACCAACCAAGGAUAAUUUUUUAUCACUGGACUACGAAGCACCCUCACCAGCAUUUUCCAAACACGAUACAGGUGAGGUUCUUUUCCCAAAAUUUUUGGAUAAUCAUGAAGUCGACUCGAUCGUUUCUUUAGAAAGAACAAGAUCUACAAAGUCUAACAAGAGAAGUUCAAUGAACUCGCAAAGAAGGUCAUUGACAGAUACGCUAUCGAUCAAAGCGCAAAGUGAGGGAAUGUUCAUCACUGAGGCAUCUUCUGUUGUAUUAUCUACUCCAGACUUGACGAAGUCUCCUGCUAGCAGCAUUUUAAAGAAUGGAAGGUUCGAAUACUCAGAUAAUUUCUCCAGAGAACACUCUUACGAAGGUACCACGAAUGAGGACUUUUUAGAUAUCAAGGACGAUAGUGGUCCACUAAAAAAAGAUGACAUAUUUUUAGAGUCUAUUGAACAAAAAUUUGACCAGCUAGUGAUGGCCUCUGAUGAAGAAAAAACUGAAGUUGAAAGGGAUGUACCAAAACCAAGAGAAGAACCUCUGAAGAAGGAUUCUGAAAGGCAAAGCGUUUUUGCAGAUGAUGAUAACGAGUUAAUUUCUGAUAUAAUGGAGUUUGCAAGUUUUAUUAACUUCGGUGAUGAUGAUCUCAAUCUAGACCUAGACUUGGGAGAUACAACGGCCUCAUAUGCAACAGAAACCCCUGAACCUGUUGGAAAUGAUGAAGUAAAUCGCUCUGGUACUUUUGAUACACGAAAUAACAAAGAGGAUAGUUACAAAGAAAGAGAAACUCAAUCUUAUUCCGCUGCUGGAGCUACUACAUACGGAGAUGAGCGUCAAGGUCAAUUACAUACAUUUGAACAAGACGGAAGUGAAAUAAAUGACAACGAAUUUGAGAAUGAAGAUUUCAACAAACACAUAGAACAGCCCAUAGAAGUUACUCCAAGAAAUAAUGCAUAUUUACCAGAAUUCGAACCCAAUAGACCUGUUUCAAUGUCCUUUAAAGGACUAAAAGCCCCAAGAAUGAAUACUUCUUUUAUUGACUCCAUGACGCCUGAUUCUCCCGUAAAAUCAGACUUAACAAGUCUAGGUGAGGUGUAUGUAAACAGUAAUAAUGACCAGGGUGUCCGGUUUUCGUCCCAGAUAAUACUUUACGACACUUAUGGAGAAUUCGAAUAUGAUAGACAUCCAGAAAUUUCCACUUGUAACCAGCUUACUCCACAACUGGCUCAAAUGAUCAAAUUGGAAUUAAAUGAGUUAAAGAGCGCAAUGGAAGUACACGAUGAUUCGCGAUGUUACACACAUUUUUAUUAG